CGGCGCUGUUUAUCCAUAGAAGGUGGGUUGGGCAUAAACUGAAAUCUGCGCCAUAACAUUUUUUUGUAAAACUACACCGCCCCUUUCUUCGCACGCACACCACCGGCGGCAGUCUUCACUCCAGUCUGCUGCCACAGUUUGCACCGACCAAGGUCAGCAACAGCGACCGCCCACGGGAUCUGUCAACGCGGCGUCAGAGCCUCCACUGAGCCCGUACAAGACCGCUUGGGAUAUCAUGGGAGUUGGAUUCGAGGGUUUAACGCAACACGAAUCAUCGCCGUGUGGAUGGUGGAGGAAGUCCCGGUAACGAGGGAGUAAAAGCGGCCAUAGGAAGGAAAAACAAAAGUUACGCUUAUGUCAGAAUCUAUGAGCGUUGACUUAAGUGACACCAUGUUGGGAAACUCUGGUGGUUACGCUACGAAGAAGAGGAAGAAGCCCGUCCUCAAACAAAAGAAAAUCUCUGAAGGGAAUGGCGUUGUUAAGUCAAACCCUUCAAAGCGACACCGGGAUCGGCUGAAUGGGGAGCUGGACCGCCUGACGGAGCUCCUGCCUUUUUCCGAGGAUGUUCGCUCUCGCCUCGACAAACUGUCCGUCCUUCGCCUCAGUGUCGGAUACCUGAGGGUCAAGAGCUACUUCAAAGCGACCACGAAGAGCGGCAACGGUUCGUUGUUCCCCGCACUGAAAGGGUUAAACGGACAGAAUGGACAGAAUGGAAACAGCGCGGACGCCACAAGCUUCUCUGAGGGGGACCUCCUCCUCCAGGCAUUGAACGGGUUUGUGAUUGUGGUCACGUCAGAUGGUUUGGUGUUUUAUUCCUCGUCCACAAUCAAGGAUUACCUGGGCUUCCAUCAGUCAGAUGUUGUUCACCAGAGUGUGUAUGAUCUCAUUCACACCGACGACCGGGACUUGUUUAGAGAGCAGCUGCACUUCGCCAUGAAGCCCCCGCAAGCCUGUGUUGGUGGAAAUGGUGAGUUUGAAAUUUAAAACGUGACUUUCAUCCUGCACAGGCGUCAUUUUGACUUUUUUUUUUUGUCUGUGCUCUCAGUCCUGAGCGCUGCUAACACAGUGAUGUACAGCCCCGAACAGCUCCCCCCGGAAAACUCCUCGUUCCUGGAGCGCACCUUCGUCUGUCGCUUCCGCUGCCUCCUGGACAACUCUUCCGGCUUUCUGGCAUUGAAAUUCCAGGGACGACUGAAGUACCUCCACGGCCAGAGUGUCUUGAGGGACAACCAGGUGUGCAACAAGCCUCAGCUGGCGCUGUUCACCCUCGCGAUACCCGUCCAACCUCCGGCGAUUGUGGAGAUCAGAGCAAAGAUGCUCCUCUUUCAAACCAAACACAAGCUGGACUUCACACCCACAGGCAUUGACAGCAGGGGCAAGGUCGUCCUGGGCUACUCGGAGCUGGAAAUCUGUAUGAAAGGCUCCGGCUACCAGUUCAUUCAUGCAGCAGACAUGAUGUACUGUGCCGACAAACACAUGUGCAUGAUAAAAACAGGAGAGACUGGACUGUGUGUUUUCCGGCUCCUGAGUAAGACCAACGAGUGGGUGUGGGUGAAGUCCAACGCCAGGCUGAUCUACAAAGGAGGGAGACCUGAGUUUAUCAUCGCAAACCAGAGAGCUUUAUCCAAAGCGGAGGGUGAGGAAUAUCUGCGCCGGAGGCAGGCGGAGCCAGCCUUUGCCAUCACCACAGGGGAAGCCGUCCUGUACACCACCACCGCCACUGUGGACGUCUCGCUGUAUCAGUUCAACAAGAAAUUCGACUGCGACAUGGGCAAAGACGUGCCCCCCAACUCUCUGCUGGACUGCUUCAUGAGACAGGACGAGUCGGCCUAUACGCAGGCUCCCGCGUCGCCCUCACCUGUGGACCAGGUGUUCAUGGAGAGCCACGCCCUGGUCAGCAUUCCCAGCGACACGUGGCAGGACGCCGGGGCCAUGAGCAGCACGGUUAACAGUGCCAUCGUGAAGGAGGAGUCCAAACAGUCUGUGAUGGCCGUCAUUGACAACCUGGAGAAGAUUGCCCAGAAUGGCGACCUCCCCACGACGCUGCAGAACCUGGAGGUCAGCGACGAAGAGCUGGUGGAGUGGGAGAACGCUCUCAAGAGGUUGGGUCAGGAGGGCGAUCAGCAGAACAGCAUCAAGUCCGACCUGGACAGCAUCCUCACCACCGACAUAUUCGACUACAUCGAUGACAUCUUGUUCCAGGAGAACCCCAGACCCACCAACGGCCUGACGCCAGGGAGCAACAAUCAUCACGGCGCCUUCAGCCACGUUGCCGCUCAUCUCUCCGAGGAUCAGAUGUUUAAGAAGCUGAGUCCCAAUCAUGCGUUCUCGCCAAAGAACGGCCUCUACGCUCACCAGCAGGACACCGCCAUCAUGGAGGCCGCUGUGAUCUUCAACGGCGGCCAGAAGCUCUCGCACCAAAGUCACCUUCUCGCUCAGUCUGACGCCAAACUGCUGCCUCCUCAGGAGCUGCAGCUCCAGGACAUUUUCAGCCCGUCGAUAGAAAUCCCAGAGCUUAUUGUCCCUAAUGUCUCAGGGGUGGAUCCUCUGGCUCCUUUUCAGUCCCUCGGGCAGGCGUCCUUCGGCCACACGGAGCGUCCAGCAAACGGACCGAUGCUGCAGAGCUCUGUGAAAACGCCAAACAAUGUAGCACCUGGCGUCAUGGACAUUUUACCUCCCCUCAUUCCUUGCAAAGACUUAAAAUCCUCCCCGCCGCCAAAUAUUCCCGUGCACUAUUCCGCACCUCACCUGCAAGGAAGCCCCGCCUUCGACGCGCACAAGGUUCAGCAGUGGCCACAGAGUCAGCAGCAGCAGAAGCUGCCGCACACUGGCGUCACGCACAACGGACACGCGCCGAUGCCGGUGUGUAACGGACAAACGGCAGAGAGCCAAACAUUCCCGCACACCGGCCUCUGGCAGAGCAGUGUCACCCGAGUGAAACACGGCCAGCAGGGGGAGCUGACGUGUGGCCAGGCAGCUUCGCACAGGGGCUGCAUUUUCAGCCAGCACUUUUCCUCCGGCCCGGCGGCAGUGGGCGGCAUGCUGGCCCUCGCCGGGUCCACCGCGCUGCGGGAGGCAGACGUGUCGCUGGGCCAGAGUCCCCUGCAAGGCUCUCGCUGCCUGCCGUGGGGCCGAGGCGAGCCAGCGGCAGGCGCGUCCGCCGCCAACCAGGAGAACGGCAACAUCAUGUCGGCCUCGGAGCGCGCACUUAACAUUCACCAUUACCAGGAAAACCUCCGGCAAAUGCAGCUCAGCCUGGAGCUGCGCUCUGAUUGGACGGCGGCCUUGGCUCGGGAGGGCGCCCGCGUGGACGCGCCCGACCCGUGUUUCCAGGAGACUCUCACAUGUGCCCGCGCACACUCCUCAGUGAAGAUCAGCUCUGACGAUGAUGAUGAUGAUGAUAAAAUGUAG